AUGGAUCCUCCUCAGGUGCAAGUUGGAGUGCCAGAGGAAACUCAUACUCCUCGAAACACACAGUCUCACAAUGUUAAGAGUACGGCAACCCCAGAUCCUGAAAUCAAGACAGCUUCCAAGGCGGUCAAUGAAUCGCAAACAGGCAUAACGCCAGAUAUUGAAAUGCACGAUGCACGCUCAGCUCCUGAGCUUGAACAAAAACCACUAGAACCCAGAAGAAACCCCGGCCUCCAAUUUCUUGAUUUUUUAACGUCACCUAUUGUGGAACUCGUUCUUGGGACCGGACAGUCCAGGACCAGCUUGACAGCUCACCAAAGUCUACUUUUGGAGUCUCCGCUUCUCGCGGAGAAGGUCGCGGCCUUCGGUGAAUCUGGUCCUCGGCGCAUUGAGCUUCCCGCGGAAAAUGUGGAGGCUUUCGGGUAUUUUCUACAGUUUCAGUACACGCGUGACUAUUGUACCUCUCACACUGAAACUCACACCGAGCAAGAGACGGUAGUCGGGGAGAUUGGCGACAGCGGAGAACAGUUACUGAAACACGCGCGGGUGUAUACCUUGGCGGAAAAAUUAGGCAUCCCUUCACUUAAAGCUCUCGCACAUUCGAAGAUCCAUCGUAUCAACAGCACAUCCCAAGGAGAAAUUGCGUAUGCGCGUUAUGUAUACACAAACACACCUGCUGAUGACGUCACGAUCCGCAAACCUGUGGCCACCUUUUGGGCUUUGCGAAGCCAUGUUUUACGUCAUGAGGCUGCGGAGGAAUUCAAGAAUUUAUGCAUUGAUGUGCCUCAAUUCUGCUAUGACGUGCUCAGUCUUGUGUUAGACCACAAGGAGAAACGGGCACAUGAUAGGGCAGAGGCAGAGUCUGGGGUGAAAGGAAGCGGAAGAAAGCGGCUGCGCAGUGGUCUAUGA